AUGGGUUCAGGACUUCCGAUUUUUGUGCUAAUCUCCUGCCUUCAGAUUUUAGUUAUAGCCGCAGUGACAGACCCUAAUGACUCCAACUUCCUCAAAGUUCACCUCAGCCUGCAUCACUUCGUUUCUUGUCAAGGAUUUGUUUUCUUUGUGUUUAAACCAUGGCAACUGUUGUGUCGAUCUGAUGCAGCUUCUGCUCUAAAUGCUCUCAAGAGUUACUGGAAGAACACUCCGCCUAAUUGGAUUGGCUUCGAUCCUUGUGGGAGUGAGUGGGAAGGGAUAGAGUGCACCGAUUCACGUAUCACAUCCAUAGUACUAGCAGGCAUGGGAUUGUCCGGCACGUUGACCUCAGACAUUGGGAAUUUUCCAGAGCUGCGAAGUUUGGAUUUGUCUCAAAACGAGGGUUUGACAGGAGUUCUCCCACCAGCAAUAGUAAAUCUGAAGAAGCUUGAAAAUCUAUUCCUUGUUGAUUGCAAUUUCAACGGUCCGAUUCCUGAAGGGAUAGGAUCUCUAACGCAGCUGGCCUCAUUAUCUCUUGCUUCUAACAACUUCAAUGGACCAAUACCACCUUCCAUCGGCAAUAUGUCUAAUCUUUUUCUGCUGGAUCUAACAGACAAUAAGCUCAACGGGACAAUUCCAGUAUCGGAUGGGACUUCCCCUGGUUUAGAUUUGCUACUAAAUGCAAGGCACUUUCAUCUGGGAAAAAAUCAGUUCCGGGGCAGCAUUCCACCUAACCUUUUCAGCUCAAAUAUGACACUCAUACAUGUGCUGUUAGACAGCAACCAGCUUAGUGGCAGCAUUCCUUCUACACUGGAACUAGUACAAACCUUGGAGGUGAUACGUCUAGAUAGGAAUUCAUUAACUGGGCCCAUCCUUUGGAACUUCACCAAUCUCCCAAGUCUUUCCCAGCUGUACUUGUCUAACAAUAAAUUUUCUGGAAAGAUGCCUGACCUCAGUCGCAUGAACCUCCUCACCUAUUUGGACUUGAGCAACAAUAGUUUUGACGCAUCACUAAUCCCACCGUGGUUUUCAAGCCUACAAUCCAUGACAUCAUUAAUAAUGGAGCGCACACAAAUUCAAGGACCGAUAAAUGCCACCCUCUUUAGCUCUGCCCAAUUACAGUCUAUAGUACUAAGUAACAACCAGCUUAACGGUACCUUGGAUUUAGGCACCAACUAUGGUAGCCAACUGCAACUCAUCGAUUUGCAGAACAAUUCCAUUGCUGAGUUUUCACUAGGAACUGGAUACAAUAAAGAAUUAUUGCUUCAUGGCAAUCCAUUUUGUCAGAAGAUGCAAUCAUCAGAAUACUGCAAAGUUCCCCAACAGCCAAAUUCUUCAUAUUCUACACCAACAGAAAAUUGUGUGGCUAGUUCUUGCAAUGCACAACUAAGUCUCAGUCCAAACUGUAAAUGUGCAAAUCCAAUAACAGGAAUUCUACACUUCAGAUCAUUUUCGUUCUCAGACUUUCAAAAUGGAAGCUAUUAUAUUCCUCUUCAGGCUUCAGUGAUGGAAUCUUUCAAGUCCGAUCACUUUCCCGUGGAUUCAAUUUCUCUAAGUGUUCCAUUGAAGGAUGUUGAUGAUUACCUUGAAGUAAGGCUGGAUGUUUUUCCAUCUGGCGAUUACCGCUUUAACCGAACAGUAUUUUCUGCUAUUACAUCUCAGCUCAACAAUAUAACUUUUGUCAAACUCCCAGAUGCUUUUGGACCAUUCUUUUUCACUCUUAAUGCUGGCAACUACUUUUCAGGUUCAAAAAAGUCAUCAAAUACUGGGAUCAUCGUCGGAGCAGCAGUCGGUGGUUCUGUACUUAUGUUGCUUUUACUUAUGGCUGGUGUUUAUGCUUUCCAUCAAAGGAAAAAAGCAGAUCAAGCUACUCAACUAAUGAAUCCUUUUGCAUCAUGGGACCAAAAUAAAAGCAAUGGCGCCGCUCCUCAGAUAAAAGGAGUGAUAAGUUUCUCUUUCGAGGAGGUUAAAAAAUGCACCAACAAUUUUUCAGAUGACAAUGCCCUUGGAUCUGGGGGAUAUGGGAAGGUUUAUAAAGGAACUCUUCCCACUGGUGUGCUAGUUGCCAUUAAAAGAGCUAAACAAGGAUCAUUGCAGGUUGCUGAUUUUGGCCUAUCAAAACCUUUGGACAAUGCUCAAGGUCACGUUUCUACUGGAGUCAAAGGGACAAUGGGCUACAUGGAUCCUGAAUAUUUCAUGUCCGGACAGUUGACUGAGAAAAGUGAUGUUUAUAGCUUUGGAGUAGUAAUGCUGGAGUUAGUUACUGGUCGAAAACCAAUAGAACACGGAAGCUAUAUUGUGAGAGAUGUGAAGACAGCAAUGGCUAACCAGAAGACAAAAGAUUCGUGCAACGUAGAUGAUAUCCUUGAUCCCACUCUUCGUCCGAGCACACCACUGAAAGGUUUAGAAAAGUUUAUUGAUCUGGCAAUUGAGUGUGUCGAAGAAUUGGCAGCCAAUAGGCCUUCAAUGAAUGAGGUGGUUAAAGAGCUUGAGAACAUCCAGCAGCUGGCUGGUUUCAAUGGCACUGUUGAAAUGGUAUCCACUUCAGCAACUUACAGCGAGACAACAGAAGGCAGCUUUUACCACCCUUAUACCAAAAAGGCCUUUGAGUACAGUGGAAGCUUUCCACAUUCUGAGAUAGAGCUUCAGAAAUAA